CAGGCUUAAGAUUGAAGUCCUGAAAUCUCUACAAUUAAUACAAUUUCCUGAAUUACAUUUUACUAAUCUCUGCAAUAACUUGUAUCUUCCACAAGGAUGCAUCGUAAGAAUGGACAGUUUGCAUCAUUCAAGGAGUCCAAUUCAGCUGAUGGAAGCUGUGAUCAAAGUGAUGACACCCCUGAAUAUGUAAGUUUUCAUAGUUGUCAACACUGUGGGAUCAGUGAGAAGUUAACUCCAGCAAUGCGUAGGGGGCCAGCUGGUCCUAGAACACUUUGCAAUGCUUGUGGCCUUAUGUGGGCAAACAAGGGAACACUGAGAGUUCUUAGAAAAGGAGGGAGGAAUACUCACUUUGAUUCAAAUGAGCCGAAAGCUCAAUCUGAUCUUAAGCCUUCAAAGAUGGAACCAGAAAAUUCUUUUGCCAACAAUGAUGAGAAGGUAUUGAUUGAUUUCCCUGUGUCACUUGAGGGUAGCUCAGAAGAGUCCAAGCCUGCACCUUUGGAUUCUGAAAAUCAUUUGAUAAGAUCAAACGAACAGGAAUUUGCACAAAGUUCUCAUCCUUUUCUCAUCCAGGUGGAGAAUUCCUCGGUCAACCUAGAUGAUGAGGAAACACUGGAAGAGCUUGCCAAUGCUUCCGGGUCGGAUUUUGAGAUUCCUUCACAUUUUGACGAGCAGGUUGACAUCGAUGAUAUCGGGACCGUGUGGCCUGGGACUUGAGAUCUUUUCCGAUCCUCUGAGGUGGAGGUUUACUUUCGCUGACAUGUUUUGAGCAAGGCAAAAGCCGCUAUCAACUUAACUAUAGGUUUCCGGAGAUUUGAUAUAUAUAUAUAUAUAUAUAUAUAGUCACAGGAUCAGGAUCAGGAUCAGGAUCAUCCCCUUUGUAUGCGAGUGCUAAACUUAACAGCCCCUU